AUGCCUGAUAAACAAGAAGAAGCUAAACGACAAGAGGGCGAUAAAGAUAGUGAUGGAGUCAUUAUGAAUCAGAUUAAGAAGUAUCUUGGCUAUUAUAAAAUUAUUGUUGGAGUAGUUCUCGCUGCAAUAAUGUUGUUUUAUGUAGUUAUGUCAACAAAUGAAAUUCGAACUAUGAAGGAAGGACUAAAAAAAAAAGUUGAUUUGUCAAUUGCUAUAUCUAACGACAAAUUCGAUGUCGUUCAAGGAAGAUUCAAUAAUAUCAAAGGAAUAUUCGAAGGAAGAUUCGAUAAUAUUGAAGAUAAUAUUAAGGGUAACAAAAAGCAAGAACUUUAA